GUCAUGUCAUUGUCUUUGACAACAAAUUCAUAAAGUGCUCAGUGCAUGCGAUUGGCAAAAUUCUUUUUUAAUUUUUGCGUUAAAUGUGAACAGAAUUACUAUUGAAACAACAGCUUUGUGUUAACGUCCUGGUAAUCUUAUUGUUAGACACGAGGCAUGAUGGUGGAAGGUUCGGCAUUUACGCGGAACGAUGUGUUCCAAAUGGCGAUACGCGUUGCCUUUGUAUCGGCAGUGACUUAUUUCUCAAUAAAAUGGCUCGUGAACCAGAUCGACCCGACGUCGAAAAGUCGAAAGAAGGCAGAGGAGAGAGCGCGGGAACAGUUACGCAAGAUAUCUUGCAGAGCCGGCCUCGGAGGAAAGCACUCGAUAGCCCUGGACAAGCUCACCGAUCAUGAGAUGAUUAUUGCGUCCCAGUUGGUGGUACCUGAGGAGAUCAACGUAAACUGGAAGGACAUUGCUGGACUGGAUCAUUUAAUUAAUGAGUUGAGAGAGACAGUCAUCUUGCCCAUCCAGAAGAGGGAACUCUUUGCAGACAGUCGUUUGACGCAGCCGCCUAAAGGUGUUCUAUUGCAUGGACCACCAGGUUGCGGUAAGACCCUGAUAGCAAAGGCAACAGCGAAGGAGGCCAACAUGAGCUUCAUCAAUCUAGAUGUCUCUCUUUUGACGGACAAGUGGUACGGUGAGACACAGAAGCUAGCAGCCGCUGUCUUCAGCUUAGCUGUUAAAUUACAACCUUGCAUCGUUUUUAUUGAUGAGAUCGAGUCGUUCCUGCGCACGCGUACACAGCACGACCACGAGGCCACCGCUAUGAUGAAGACGCAGUUCAUGUCGCUGUGGGACGGGCUCAUCACCGACCCCGCCUGCACCGUCAUCAUCAUGGGCGCCACGAACCGGCCGCAGGACCUGGACCGCGCCAUCCAGCGCCGCAUGCCCGCCACCUUCCACGUGGCCAUGCCCGCCGCGCCGCAGCGCGAGCGCAUCCUGCAGCUCAUCCUGCGCGCCGAGCCCACCGCCUCCGACAUCGACUAUAGCCGACUGGGCGCUGCAACUGAAGGUUUCUCGGGCUCCGAUCUACACGAGUUGUGUCGACAGGCCGCCGUAUACCGUGUUCGAGACCUGGCAAGGGCGGAAAUGGCCAGGGAGGCACAGGCGAAAACAAAUAAAUCAACAUCGGAUUCAGACGACGAGUACGUAGACGCUGUACGACCUAUAACUAUGGACGAUUUAUGUUUAGCACUAGCUAAAAUCAAGGAAUCCAAGAUUCAGUGUGGGUCAAUGGCACCCACCAUGCGGAUCGAGCUCGACUAACAUGGUGGGCUACGCUCUAAGGGA